AAGGAGCAUGCGCAGUAUCUUCCUGACGCGAACGCGGCUGGGAAUAGGGAAGUUCACGUGGUCCUUCCAAGAUUCGGCUUUUGGGGUUGAAAUUUGACUUUUCAGUUCUUCCUACGCCCGUGAAGCCUGAAAGUUACUACAGACGUUGAAUCCCCGCUCCCAGCCUCCUACAGAGGUUCUCCUGCCUGUGAGUGUGGUGGAAGCAGAUUAAAAUGUCUGUGCUGAGGCCUUUGAAGGCACAGUGUCAAAAUGCAGGUGUGACUCCUCAGCAUGUCAUUCCAGGAGAAAACAACCCACAGCAGGAGCAGGGUGUCAUGGCUGCUUCUCAGGGAUCAUUGACCUUCAGAGAUGUGGCAGUAGAUUUCUCUCAGGAGGAGUUAGAGUUCCUGGACCCAGCUCAGUGGAAAUUGUACACGGAUGUGAUGUUGGAGAACUACAAGAACCUGGUCUCCCUAGCUAUGUCAUAUGAACACAAUCAGGACUUGUUGCAAAAGCCAGGAAUAGAAGAUUUAAUCUCUAAGGUAAUACUGAGUACAUAUGAUGAAGACAGAAGUUAUCAGUGCAAUGAAGAUGGAAAAUUUUUUAACCACAGGUCAAAUCCUACCAAAUAUCAGAAUACUCAUCUUCCCAAGAACCAUUAUGAAGGUGAAAACGUCUGUGACCAAAUGCCAAAUCACAUUACACAUCAGGUUAUUCCUAUUGUGGAGACAACAAACAAACAAAGGAAAUAUGUCAAAAUUUUGAAGCAAUCUUCAAAUAGUACUGAACAAAAUAUUCCUAUUGGGAAGGAAGUUUACAAAUGUUUGCCAUGUGAGAAAGUGUUCCGUAAACUAUUUAAUCUAAACAAUGUUAAGAACAUCUGUAGUGGAGAAAAAGAUAAAUGGGAAGAAUUUGGUAAAACAUAUAAUUGGCCUUUGGGUCUUCCUCUAAAUCAGAAAAUAUAUACUGGAGAGAGGCCCUAUAAAUGUAUAGAAUGUGGUAAAGCCUUUAACUACUCUUCCAACCUUAGUCAACAUAAGAGAAUUCAUUCUGGAGAGAAGCCUUACAAAUGUAGAGAAUGUGGUAAAGCAUUUGGUCGCUCCUCAACCCUUGUUGAACAUCAGUACAUUCACACCGGAGAGAAGCCUUAUAAAUGUACAGAAUGUGGUAAAGCCUUUUGCAACUCUUCAAACUUUAGUCAGCAUAGGAAAAUUCAUACUGGAGAGAAGCCUUAUAAAUGCACAGAAUGUGGUAAAGCCUUUAUCCAAUCCUCAAACCUUAAUAUGCAUCAGAAAAUUCAUACUGGAGAGAAGCCUUAUAAAUGUAGAGAAUGUGGCAAAGCAUUUAGCCAAGCUUCAUACAUUAAUCAGCAUCAGAGAAUUCAUACUGGAGAGCAACCUUAUAUAUGCAAAGAAUGUGGUAAAGCCUUUAGCCAGUCUUCAAAGCUUACUCAACAUCAGAGAGUUCAUACUGGUGAAAAGCCUUAUAUAUGUAAACAAUGUGGGAGAGCCUAUAGGUUUUCCUCCUCUUUUACUAAACAUAAGAAAAUUCAUACUGGAGAGAAGCCUUAUAAGUGUAGAAAACGUGGUAAAGCCUUUAUCCAAUCCUAAAAUCUUACUCUGCAUCAGGAAAGUCAUACUGGAGAGAAGUCUUAUAAAUGUAGAGACUGUGGCAAAGAAUUCAGCCACCCUUCAUACAUUAAUAUCAGAGAAUUCAUACUGAAGAGCAACCUUACACAUGCAACAAAUGUGGUAAUGCCUUUAGCUGGUUCUCAAAGCUUACUAAAUGUUGGAGCAUUCAUACUGGUGAAAAGCCUUACAUAUGUAGAUAAUGUGAGAAAGCCUUUAGGUUUUCCUCCUCCCUUACUACACACAACAAAAUUCAUACUGUGGAGAAGCCUUAUAAAUGUAAUGAAUGUGCAAAAGUCUUUUGCCAGUCAUUAAAGCUUAGUACUCAUUAGAAAAUUCAUAGUAGAGAGGAAUCUUAUAAAUCCACAGAAUGUGGCAAAGCCUUUAUGUAGUCCCCCACCCUUAUGCAACAUCAUAGAAUUCAUGCUGGUGAAAAAGCAUUAUAUGUGUAACAAAUGUGAUAAAGCCUUUAUACACUCCUCAACCCUUAUUAAACCUCAGAGAAUUCAUACCAGAGAGGAGUCGUGUUAAUGUAGGGAAUAUACCAAGUAUUGAAGUGGUCCUCAACCCUUACUGAUCAUCAGAGUAAUCAUACUUGAGAUAAGUCUUAUAAACAUGGAGGUGGCAAAAUCUUUAAACCUCAAAAUUUACUCCACAUCCUGUCUUGCAUAUUGUAGAGAAACAAUAUAAAUGUAGCAUAUGUGCCAAAUCUUUUAAUCAUGAGUGAUGUCUUAUCCAACAUUAAAUUAUCCUCCUGAGGAAAACCCUUCCUAUACUUCUAGCAGAGUUAGGCACCCCCACAAUGUGUCCUGGACACUUGACCUCAUGUUACAGCACUGGCCAUGUGCCUCGUAUGCAGCAGGCACUGAGUAAGUUUCUUGGGGGGGGGUGGGGGUGUAACAACUAAAUGCUGUGGGUGUUAAAACAAGGGGCUUGAUUUUCCCCUGUAUUUAUAUGCCUUAAAUUUCCAACUUAAACCAGUCUUCUCUUCUGGGCUCCCUGAGCCCCAAAUCCAUACAUCCCUCUGGCCUUUCUGGUCCUGGGCUCAUCCUGAACAAGGCAGGAAGGGCCUUACAUCCCACAGAGGGGUAGCUAGAAUCAAGGCCCAGGGGCUCAGGCCCUCAGGCCCUCAGGCCCUCAAGUGUUAGCUAUGCUCAGAGUCUUGCUCUCCAUGUAUGAACAGAUUUGACAAACCUAAUCUUUUUAAACUUAUACUAGACACGAUAUGGGGCACAUCACCUCAAUUUGCUGUACUUAUUUUUUAAUCCAUUGGUUAAUUCUUGUAUGUUCCCUAAAAAUAAAACUAGCAACCUUUGUGUUUUGAGGCAAUGCUCUAACAAACUGA